GAUAUUAAGAUCAUACUCACUCAAUGUAUAUUUUCUGUCAUUUUUUUUUAGAAUCGGCUGAAAUCAGUAGGUAUCUAAGUAAAGAUUGGUUGCUGAAUCUGAUUCUAGUUGCCAGAAUCUGAUUUCCAGGCUGUUUGGGGUUCUACACAAUCAAAGUUAAAGUUCAAAGCUGCUUGAAUUUCUUGGCACCAAGAAACCAUAGGAUAGCCACCCUCCUAUAAUAGUGUUCUUCUUUUCUUGUUUUUCUCCCCAUUCAUAGAUAUAAAAUGGUAGAUUGCGAAAUACAUGAAGAAUCUGAGGUGGAUUGGAUCCCGGGCAAUUCACGAAUCGCGGUGGCUUCCGAUGGGAGUUGAUUCAAGUUGCAAUACGACUCCCCGAUAGUUUGCCCUAACAUUUAUUCCUCCUCCCACCCCAAAUCCAUUCAUCCGCCGCUGCUUUCUCAAUCGCCGCCGCCCCCGCCGCCAUGGGUCAGAUUCUCGCCAAAUACGAAGAUCUCUGGCACAAUUUCGGCAAAGAAUGGAGAGAAAAACAAACACGGCAGAUAACCGACACGGUGUUUGAACGGUUCAAGAAGGACUCGGACAGAGUGAAUCUGACUUUUGAAGAUCUCUACAUUUCUGUGCUGCUUAUAUUCAACGAUAUAAACAAACGUUUGCCAGGGCCUCACCUAGACCCUCCUUCAAAAGAACAAGUUAGGGCCUUGAUGAAGAAAUAUGAUUUCAACCUUGACGGGGAGUUGGACCGCGAGGAGUUCAACAAGUUCAUCCUGGAACUAACAAAAGACACGUUCUUCACAAUCAGUCAAAAGUUGACGACUACACUGGCAGUGGCACCAACAGUGGCUUUGCUGACAAAGAAGACAACCGAGGACAUACCCGUGGUUGGGAAGGUGGUGCAGAAGUUGCCCAGUUCGGUCUACGCAUCCCUUGUCACCCUCGCAAUUGUCCUCUUCCAGAAAGCAACUGAAGGCAAGUAAUCAAACACCGGUUCGGUUUCACGACACCCGGCCCUAAGGGCAGUUGAUAAGGUCUUUUUCUCCACUUUGUGGGGGAAAUAAAGGUGCAUUUAAUGCACUUUUAUUUUUCUUUUUGGCAAAAAGGUGCAUUUAUAUGCGAUAUAAACGCACCUGGUUGCCAAGAAAGUCACGAUGAAGGUGCAAUAAAUGUACCUUAUCAACAUCCCUUGGGACCGUUAUUAGCGAAACUGAUAAAAGAUUUAUUCUUUGUAUUGUAAAUGAACUCAACUCGCAGUUCCAAUAACAUUCCCGCAAUUUCUGUGCAUG